UGGGUCCUUCAGGACCUGGAGGUGAAAAAUGCGGAAGGCCGAGAGAUGGACACAUUUUGAGGUGCCGCAUACGUUUCCAGAUCACCUGCUUUUCUUCACCUCACCCCCACUUAUGAACAGUGAUUGAAGAGUACUUGAAGCCUAGUCAUAGUGGAUAAAGAAGUGAAUUGGAUCGAGUAGAAAUUAUUAUAUACACCUCUCUCUUUUUGCUUUGUGGAAUGCUAUAAAGGCCAUUUUAAAAUGAGCUGUCUGGGAGAUUAGGUGGAUUUUUCAGUUCUGAGUAGUUACUCUGCUUGACUUGGAAUGGGUGAGGAGUGCAAGGAAUUUGUAGAAAUAGCAGUGGGCCAUUAGGAGAGUGACCUUGGAUAAGACAAGAUGCCAACUCUCAAUUUUGUAUCAAUACAAUUAACUAGAUUUUCUCCAAAGGCCCUUCCAAUUUUGAAAUGAUUUGAUUAAAGUCAGUGUAAUUGAAAAACUCAACUACAGUUUAGCCUGACACUCCCCCUUCCCCCUCCCUCUCCUGCUGUGCCUCCGGUACACAAUAAGAUACUUUCAUUAUAGAGAGUGGCUGUUCCAUGGCCUGGGACCAAAGAAAGCAUUUAUUGUACGGGCCAGUGCUAGGCGGAUUGGAGGCGGUCAAUAAAUACUUGUUGAAUUGAAUUGUGGCGGAUUCAUUGUAACCACAUCAACGAAGCACUGUUAGUGUAUAUGCUGGCCAGAUGUGGAGAAAUAGCUUUAUUACAUAGAGAACUAUAAUGAAGAUUUGCCCCAGAAUGUUUCUCCAGGAAUAGUACAGGAAGAGCCAUCAUAAAACAUCUAGGCCUGAAAGUCGAGCACAAACCCUGUUUGGAUCAAGUCAGUUCCCUGAGCCUGAAGGAUGACUGCUGAAUCAAGGGAAGCUACGGGGCUGUCCCCCCAGGCCGCACAGGAAAAGGAUGGUAUCGUGAUAGUGAAGGUAGAAGAGGAAGAUGAGGAAGACCACAUGUGGGGGCAGGAUUCCAGCCAACAGGAGACACCUCCUCUGGACCCAGAGAUAUUCCGCCAACGUUUCAGGCGCUUCUGUUACCAGAACACAUUUGGGCCUCGAGAGGCUCUGAGUCGACUGAAGGAACUUUGUCAUCAGUGGCUGCGACCGGAAAUAAACACCAAAGAGCAGAUCCUAGAGCUGCUGGUGCUGGAGCAGUUCCUUUCCAUUCUGCCCAAGGAGCUCCAAGUCUGGCUGCAGGAAUACCGCCCUGAUAGUGGAGAGGAGGCUGUGACCCUUCUAGAAGACUUGGAGCUUGAUUUGUCAGGACAGCAGGUCCCGGGUCAAGUUCAUGGACCUGAGAUGCUUGCAAGGGGGAUAGUGCCUCUGGAUCCAGUUCAGGAGUCCUCGAGCUUUGACCUUCAUCACGAGGCCACCCAGUCUCAUUUCAAACAUUCAUCUCGGAAACCCCGCCUCUUACAAUCACGGGCUGUCCCUGCCACUCACGUUCCUGCCCCUCCUCAUGAGGGGAGUCCCAGAGACCAGGCGAUGGCAUCUGCACUGUUAACAGCAGAUUCUCAGGCAAUGGUGAAGAUCGAGGACAUGGCUGUGUCCCUCAUCCUGGAGGAAUGGGGAUGUCAGAACCUGGCUCGGAGGAACCCCAGUAGGGACAACAGGCAGGAGAAUUAUGGGAACAUGUUUUCCCAGGGUUGUGAAAACAGGAAUGAGAAUGAGGAGUCAACCUCAAAGGCUGAGAUCUCAGAAGAUGUAGCAUCACGUGCAGAGACAGCAGGGAGAUUCCAAAAAGAGCUUGGAGAGAAACGUGAACAGCAGGGCAAAGUAGUGGAAAAGCAUCAGAAAAACUCUGAGGAGAAAACUAAAAAAGAGAGGAGGGAUUCGGUGCCAGCCACAGUCAAGGAAAAAAAAACCAUCACAGGAGAGAGAGGUCCAAGGGAAAAGGGUAAAGGAUUGGGAAGAAGCUUCAGUCUGAGUUCAAACUUUACUACUCCUGAAGAAGUUCCAACAGGAACAAAGUCUCACAGAUGUGAUGAAUGUGGUAAAUGCUUCACAAGAAGUUCAAGCCUUAUUCGCCAUAAAAUAAUCCACACUGGAGAAAAGCCCUAUGAAUGUAGUGAGUGUGGGAAAGCCUUCAGUCUUAACUCAAACCUUGUCCUACAUCAGAGAAUCCAUACAGGAGAAAAACCUCAUGAAUGUAACGAGUGUGGCAAGGCCUUCAGUCAUAGUUCAAAUCUUAUCCUACAUCAGCGCAUCCACUCUGGAGAAAAACCUUAUGAAUGUAAUGAGUGUGGGAAGGCCUUCAGCCAGAGCUCAGACCUCACUAAACAUCAGAGAAUCCACACGGGGGAGAAACCCUAUGAAUGUAGCGAAUGUGGAAAAGCUUUCAACCGAAACUCAUACCUUAUUUUGCAUCGGAGAAUUCACACUCGAGAAAAGCCCUAUAAGUGCACUAAGUGUGGCAAGGCCUUCACCCGGAGCUCAACCCUCACUCUGCACCACAGAAUCCACGCCAGAGAGAGAGCCUCUGAGUACAGCCCAGCCUCCCUGGAUGCAUUUGGAGCGUUCCUGAAAAGUUGUGUGUAAAGCAAGAAUUUAUCAUCAAGCCAUCUCCCCCUUUUGUUUAUAAAAUUGUUUCAGAGAUGUAUGCCCACAGAGGGAAAAUAAAACAGCCUCAACAGAUUUUUUUUUUUUAAUCACAUGUAAGGAUCCUUAGAGUUACAUCAGCAGUGUUCUGCCUUUGUGUAGUCUGCGGGCAGGUAAUUCUUCCACAUGGCCCGUGCAGGGGAAAGCUAGUCAUAUGGGUAGUCCACAUAUUUCCACACAAAAUAAAAGCACAUACAUAGGAAAAUGUCAAGCUUUUCAGUAAUGAGGAUACCUUUAAGGCGCUAUUAGACUCUCAGCAAUCACAACAAAAUUGAAAGGUUGAGAUUGGCUCCAUGAACAUGAUACUGAGGUUAAGAAGCUACUUGCUGCAAAUAAGCCCUACUUGGCCAACAUCUUAUUUCUCAAAGAAGAGGGACAGUUAAAACAAAAACUACAUUGGGACAUGCUGCUCAAGCUAGUUAUAUAUACAGUAAAUUUUAUAUAUGAUCACUGGUAGCCUACCAAAGGUAUAGAAAUCUAGGACUGUGCUAAUCAGUAUCAAACCAAAGAUUUCUGUCUCUUCCCAAAAGAGAGGGCAAGUGCACCAGUCUACAGUUCCAAAGGUCUUCAACAAAUGUAGAUGGUUCUAUCCUCAUCACUGAGAUCAAUUCUACUGAAAUGGCAACAAUGAUUGAAAACAUUUCUCUCCCUUCUUGAAAUCCCUAAAGCACUAUAGCACUCCUAAAUGCAUUUCUCCACAAGUUAGCACUUGAUUGUAUACUGUCUUUUAAUCCUUCAUUGUUUCAUGUAUGAAGUUUUUGUCACCCCUUCCCCCAAAAGAGAUGCUUCAAUUGUCAAGGGAUAUAUUUCUUUCUCUGACAGCACAGCACUGGACAUAGUGCUGAACACGCAAGAGGCACUCACUAUGACUGACUUCUAGCAGGACUUUUAUAUUUAUGAUAAAGCCCUGUGAAUUAUGAGUACCUGAAAUAUGGUAGCCUGGCCCAACUUUUAAAGAGGACAUUCAGAACCGCAUGCUAAACCUCUAGGGUCUGAAGCUAUUUUUGUCCCAAAUAUAAAUGACAGGCACUUGUUAGCCACCUGCAUAGACUUUUUAAACCUAGAUCAGUAAGUAAAUACAAUGAAAUGUCAAAAUGACUCUUGUUAUCAUCUUAAAGAAGAAAAAUAUGAACACUGACUAAGGUCAUUUUUUGAUAUCUUUCAAUGGCAGAAAUCUUAGCCAGAAUUCUCUUCAGUCAACUGGUGAACAAUAUGAUGACUUGGGCACUUUCUGAAUCAUUUGUAACUUAAUAGAAUUCAGAAGAUGUGAUUUUUGUUGCUUUUCAGAAAAGGGAAAGUUGUGGGGAGCAUUUUUUCCACACUUUUUCAGAAACUUUGCAAAAGCAUUAGUCAUUAGCUGGCGAUUACUAAACAUAUUUUGUUGCUCUGAGUCAUUAUCCAGCGUACUAAGAUAUGGUUGGUUAUAUCAUUGUCAUAGUGCACAGUGUCUUUUCUGUUUCUCAUUUCUAAAGACUGAAGUGAGGUUAUGAAACUAAUCUUUCCCAUCAUCUGUGCAGGAGGAUGCAGUUGGCUACCUAGAAGCUAUUAAUGGAGACUAUUUCACACAUACAGAAGACCCAAGUAUCAUGGGCUAUGUAUUAGGUCAUCAAGAAGUUGGGUAGAGAUGGCUCUGCUCAUGAGAGCAUCAAAUGAUUGUGGACAGCCCUGUAAAAACUUAGAGACAUAGACUAGGAACAAACCUGGAGAUUAUCAGUGUGGCCACCCCAAAAUGGAAGAACCCCAAAAAUAGUUUGAGGUUUUCCCUUAAACAGUACUAAAACCAUCAUCAAUUGUUCACUGAUCAACAGCUACAGUCCAUGAAACAGCGUGGUUUUAAUGCAGAACCAGUGAGGGAGGAAAAAAUGUGGCCUCAGCUCCAGACCAAACUAAAUUCUGCACAGCAGUCAUUCUUUGGCCUCUCUGGCUUUAUUACUUGGACCAAGCACAACUUCCCUAUAGCUUCUAAGCAGUUCCAUCAGUAUUGCCUGGGAAAACUUAAAGUAGUAAGUCAACCAGUCACCAGAAUAUUUCUACCUAUCCAACUGAAGAAAAAUGGAAGAGAUACUCCAGAAGAGUAUAGCUAAGUAACUUUCAUAGUCAAAUGGAGGUAGAAGUGCUUUAAGGAUGUUCUUCAAAGAAGGAGCUGCAGCAGUGGUUGCAUAGAAAAUUGAGCAAGGACAUUUGCCCACUAGAAAGCAACUAAAAGUGGGUUGUGUAACUCAAGGCUCCAUCCCAGCUCUGACUGUUCUUAAGAGGGAAGCAACUUUGGCCAGUUCCACACUGGCCUCUUUUAGCUACAACUACAUACUAAUAUGAUUCAGCCAUCAUUUUUGGGUUUUGUUUUUAAAUGAAAGUUAAAUAUGACCUGAGCCCCCACAUUCAGUUCCCAUUUUAUUGGGACAUCUUACUGACUAUGUUGGAUAGCCAUUGGGGUUGCUUUGGAUCUUCAGUAGAUGCAUUCCUUGAAGCAACUAUUUGAAGAUGUGUUUUCUGAGGAAAAGAGGCUAUGCCUGUUUAUUAAAACCAUUUGCACUGCAUUCAUUUAUCAGAUGCUCAGUGCAAAGUGUAAUUGGAUCAUGGUCAAAAAUGCUUGCAACAUCUAAUUAGUGCUCAGGAUAGUUACUGGAAAGUCCUUGACUGGCUGAAGUCUGUUAACAGUUUAAGAACUCUAUAGUUAACCAUUAACGUGCUAGUUGACCUAGUGGAAGUUUUGAAAGAGUUUUUUAAAAAUAUAUACCUUACCCUUGCCAGGAAGAAAAGUAAAAUUCUUCAAGUUGUGUUUGUUUCUACUCCAGCCUGGCUGGCAAGGCUAAAACCUGAGAAUAUAGAUAUAUGAGACAUCUCGAUAUGUAAGGUACUUAAUAGUAAAGACAUAAAAGUAAAACUGUGCUAAAUACGUGUAGAAAGAUUGAGAUGUUUGAUAUAUGCAACAAUUCACAUCUUAUAUACGUCAGAGAAUUUAUUCCGGAAAGGAACCUCUUGAAUGUGAUGAAUAUGGCAAAGCCUUUAAUCACAUCUCACCCCUUAGCAUCAGAAAGCUUACACUGUAAAUAAACUUUAUUAAUAUUAUAUGUGAGAAGAACUUUCAUGUAUAGCUUUCAUUGCUUCGGACAGAAAAUUCUGUCAGGAUGUUCCAAUCAUGUGAUGAAUCUGAGAAACCAUGCAGAGGGAGCUCAGUCCAGAGGAUCUACUGAAAAAAAAAAUGUGGGGAAGUACUAAAGAAAUAGCAAAAUGGACAACUUCUUACAAAAAUUGUUAAUGUUGGGUAUUUACAUAUUUUGUAUGACCAUAAUGUCAGUGUGUGUUUUGUACCUCCAACUCCUGUUGUUCUGUAUAUUACCUGUAAGCAGAUGAUGUAUUUUAAUCUAUUUGACAGAACACAUUACUCCAAAAGAGCAAAGUUUUGGAGUGAAUAGUGAAAUUGAUGUGGUUAUAGACAAAGUGCACAGAACUGAGAAGGGGGAAAAUGAGGGCUUCAUAGUUUGGUGUUUACCAAGUCAAGAGCAAAGAUUGGUAAAUUUGCAAGGAGAAACAGAUUAAUGGGGCACUAAAAUGGAACAACUAUAAACAUCUGCCACUUGAGAGUUUUCUCUUCAAAACUGGGAAGUUGACUUCUGACCAUUGCAAGCAAAGGGAAUGAUCCUCUUAGCAGUGGGGAAGGAGGGUAUUCUCCGAGAGUUGAGAGUAGGGAGUUCCCAGAAUGACCAGGGGGACCAUGUAAGCUGAUCGGGCACUAAAUUAUAGUCCUGGCUUCCCAACUAACUCUUAAAUCUUUCUGCUUAGGAAAUUUGAGACAGGGAAACACCAAGGUGGGCUUUCCCAGGAAAGAGGCACAGAUACAUCCAGCUGUGGUGUUGCAGUAAGUUUGUCUGUUAAGACUUGGGAAGCAUUUUGCAAUAUUCCCUUUGGCCGUGCUUCCUAUGUACCUUCCCUGUUCCCACUCUCUUCCCCUGGUUUGUGCUUAUUAGGACAGGGGUUGUGAAGGGUCAUAGCUGUGAAAGAUUUUUUUUUUUUUAUCCUAGAGUUGGUCACCUUUAUUCCAGGUAGUCAUGCUGAUCUACUUACCCAAAGCCAGCUAACCAGGUUCAUCCUGCCAUCCUCAUGGAAGACUCUGUGUAUGAAUUGGAGUUAACAGUAUUGAAAUGCAGUCAAACAAUGACAGCAAUACUUGCCAGAGGAGCUAUAUUUCUGUGUCCCACUCUGAGCAACUUCUCAGAAACAUGAGGGGGCUGGGGUUUCCCCAUCUGGGAAAUCAAAUGAAGGUCUGCAGAUUUUUAAGUGAAAUAUAGAAUCAGAGAAAAAAUUAAGUGUAUACCACUUAAUUAUACAAUAGAUCAUUUCAUAGAAAUUAGGGUAGAUUUUUAUUUCAACUACUACUGGAGAAUUUAAUAAAAUGCAUUAUUGUUUGAAAAGUUUUCCUAAUGUAGAUUUAGGUUUCAUUUUUAGAAUAGACACACUACUGUACAUUUAAAAGCAGUUACUUAUUUUGCUAUUCAGAUUAAUUUUUUAUUAUAUCUGAAGAUGAAAUUAUCUGUUUUACUUUUCAAAGCUUUGUGAAACAAACUUGAAGUUAUAGGGAGGUAAGCCAUCUCCAAUUCUGCAGGUCAAACAAAAGUUUUGGAAAUACUUUUGACAUCCCAUAAUACAGAAUGUCUUAACAUGAGAACAUAAUUUUGUAUUGUCUGGUUCUGUUUAAUAGUGGGCACCACCAAUCUCAUGUUUUCUGUUAUCCUAAAACAAUGAAAGGGAAACAGUGGGCGUUACAUAGACUUCUAAACCACGGUCUGCUAUGAUUUUAAUCUUUGAGACUCUCAUCUCCACUUACUAAACAAUCAUGACUCACUUGAAAUUACUCAGUAAUCAGCAAAGUUAAUUGAUCUUUAAAGUUAAAUUUUCUCCCUUCAGCAAGCAUUCAUUAAGCAGUGAUGCUGAGUAUUUUAAGAUAUAAAGAAUGAGAUCUGUGAUUGAUUAAAAGGUGGUAUUAAAACUUGGAUUUCAUUCCAGUUUCAGGUUUGAGUUUUAAAUUCCUUUGGUCCUAAAACCAAAGUGACCAGGCAGCUGCAACCACCCAGAGUCACUAUCAUUCAGUCCCCUGACAAGGUUAGGUGAGUUAGGAUGGAGAAUUGGAAAGAGGGGCUAAAGCAGCCCCUCUGGGCUGAGGAGGGAUAUAGGGGAGACUGUUGGGGGUGUGUUGGGGUUAGUGCUCACUUGCCUUCCCCUCACCUCAACCAGGGAACAGCAUCCAGCUGCUUUUUAAAGUUUUUAGUCUGCCCUAGCAAGGACAAAGCAUGUUAGAUGUAGAGAUGCUUCUGCUGGUAGCAGGGGUUAUUUGAAAACAUAUAUGAGGGGGGUGGGGUGGGAGGAAGCAGAUUGUGAUUAUGCAGGAAUAUAAUGUCCUAAAAAUAUAUGAGUUUAGGGGUAAGGGGUGGGGUAUUCAAGCAAAAUCGGUAAUUAUUUUAAAAUGAGCAUAUGUAUUUUUAUUAACUUUUAGUUAAAUAUAGAUUAUUGCAACCAGGUCAACAUGAACCUAAAUCUAUAUAGAGAGCUAACUCAGGCAUUGUCUUGUUUAUUUGUAGACUGGAUAAAACAACCUGUCGUGUUUUGUCAAUUCCCAGCUUCUUUCUUUAGAAUAAAUUAGACCAAAAGAAGAAACUUACUUGUCUUUGUAUACCCACAGAAUUAAGUUAUUGCUGUUAAAAACUAAAUUUUUUUCAUUUUGCUAGGCUCUGAAGAGUCCAGGUGCUUAGUAGAUGUUCAGUAAGUGAUUUUUAAAUUGAAUUUGUUAAAAAUCCUCGUUAACAUUUCUAGAAAGGCUUCUUUCAAUAAAUAAUGGAAUCUUAGAAGAAAAGGUUUUUUUUGUUUUUAAGCUAGGGAACUCUCCAUUGAAAAUAAUAAUUUGAAACUUUGAGGUAUAAAAUUUCAAUGAUAAGAGAAAUGGCAGCAAAAUAAAAUUUAUGCGCAUUUAUAGUCAAUGGUCCAUUUUAGGAGGCCAGUGUGUCUGACAAAUGUUAGAGUAGUGAGGCUGGGGAGGAAAUUGUGGGGAUUUGUAAUGAAUAUUCUCUUUAUGUUGUUUCUCUUCUGGGUCAUGGUAAAACAAUAAAUUAUCAUCUCUAGGUGGCAUUA